UUCAAAUUUACCACAGUUGAUUGGAACCACACAAACAACAGAAACGUUAAAUUGGAAGAACGGUCGAGUGUUUCCUGUAUUUCGAAAGUUGAAAAAUCAAAGAAAAAUAUUAAAUUAAUCACAAUUUGUUUCAACGGAUCAACGAAAAUGGCUUCAGAUCCUGUACUGCUGCGACAUCUGAAAGGGCACCGUGGUAAGGUAACGGGAAUUUCUUUCAAUCCGGAUGGAACUAGGUUUGUGACGAGUUCCAGCGACAGCACAGCCAUCGUUUGGAACGUCAAUGAACAGGUGCGAUGUAUGCGCUUCGAAGCUCACUCGGAUAUCGUCAACGACAUCUGUUGGUCCCCGGAUGGAAGAAUUGUGGCAUCUGCUUCCAAGGAUCGGACCGUGAAGAUCUGGAUACCCUCAUUGGUGGGCAACUGCGACGAUUUUCGAGCGCACACGUCCAACAUACGAUCGGUGCAUUUCAAUUCAAAUGGGAAAAAGUUGGUCACGGCUUCCGAUGACAAAUCAGUUAAACUCUGGAGAAUUUCAAGGAAGCACUUUGUAUCUUCUUUCACCGGACACACCAAUUGGGUUCGUUGUGCCCGGUUUUCUCCAGACGACAAACUGAUCGCUUCCUGUGGCGACGACAAAGCACUGAAACUGUUUGAUCCCAACUCUGGCAGCUGUGUGCAUACGUUCGUGGAUCAGAAAGGAGCCGGAAAUAAGGUGGCAUGGCACCCGGAUGGAUCGCUUGUUGCCAUUGGUUUGGAUAAUGCCCGCGUUAAGAUUUAUGAUAUUAGGAUUCGGAAGCUAAUUCAAUAUUAUAGAAUUUUUGACGAUCCUAUUAACUCAUUGGACUUCCAUGCUUCUGGUCAUUAUCUGAUAACGGGAAGCGAAGCGGUUAAGAUAAUCGAUUUGCUUGAGGGACGUCACAUCUAUACCCUGACAGGACACACGGGUCCGGUGCAGGCGGUCAAAUUUUCCAAUGAUGGACAACUUUUUACCACGGCUUGCACUCAGAUUAUGCUAUGGAAAGCUAACUUCGCAGCACAAUCAGAGAGCUCCAUAUUGACCGAAUCUAAUAGUAGUGAGAUUCUGCAACUUCAGCAACGAAAUAGUCAGCAAAAGCCGACGAAUGAUUCCACAUUCUGCAAAAAGCUAAGCUACGAAACGGGAGCUCCGACUACCGAUGAGGACGAAGAAGUUCUGGGUCGAUUCACGAACAAGGAAAACAACCACAUCAAAGACACCAGCAUAGUCGUAGACGCACGGCAAACGGAAAACUUCCACCUUACAGAUGCCGUAGAGGAAAUAGUCAUAAGACUUCGCAAAAAUCAAGUUCCCACUCGACGCCUAUCGGAGAGUAAUCUUACGCAUGGAUAUCACAAUCGAAAUGUCACCGAUGAAAAUGGAUUUGGAAAUAAUGAACAUAAUUUCAUGUGUCUGUUGAAGAAAGUCCAAAGUUCGCUGACCAAGCUCGAAAGACGGGUCUCAAUGCUCGAAGAUGUUGUGCUUAAUCGGAAUUGAAUGCGAAGAUGGAAGACUUGAAAACGGUGGCUUUCUUUUAAGUUUACUUGAUCAAUUCUAUAUCCAUAAUGUGAUAGUUUUAGAUUGUAUAAAAAUUCAGAACCUUUUAUUUCUAUUUGCUCGCAUUUUCACUUAACAAUACUCGCACAGUAUAUAAUCUCCAUUGUCGAAUGAUGUUUGGCAUUGUGGAUGUUUUUUUUUUUCAAAUGACUUCCAAAUGAAAAAGUUUAAUGGGAACCACAUCUACAUGGCUAAACAAAUGUACAUACUGCAAAUACUUUCUGAUCAAAAAAUAUAUUUUAAUAGAAGCUACAAUAAAACAAAAAGGAUAACA